AGUACCGCCUGUGUCCGCAGAGGGCGCUGCCCGCAUGGCAGGCCGGGCUCCUCCGCGGCCUUCACAUCUUUUUGUCUCUGGGUCUCUGGAUCCCUCUGCCGCUCUACAGUGUGUGCGAUAGCCUCGGAGCUGCGUUUAACACACUGUCAAACCACUCCAAACGAAUACAACCGCGACCAAAAGCAUUUAUUCAACACAUCCUGCCAUGGCGCUUCUAAUCUGCCGGUGAAUCGGUCGUAUUUGUACCUGCUCGUUGGAACUUAGUCCGGGGUUGAAUCGGGCUUUAUUCUGUGUGCAUCAGUCUUUAUUAGCGAGCUGCUGCCGCUCUUCUUGCUAUCAGAUAUUUCUUUAACUUUUUAAACACUCAGCUUCGCGAAUGACUGAGCGCCGGCGGAGUAUGGGAUCCUUGGUGUCUUAAGAAGCGACUGAAGUGGGGUUUAAACCGUUUUUGCAUGCAGAAACAAUGGCAAAUUCGACGGGGAAAAAUCUACUAGAUCAGCGGAGGAAAGGACAGGCUUUCCUGGACGAGCUGCGGCAAUUUCACCAAAGCAGAGGAUCGCCGUUCAAGACGAUUCCUUUCGUGGGUGGGAAAGAGCUGGAUCUGAAUGCUCUGUAUAUCAGAGUCGUCUCUUUAGGUGGAUUUGCGAAGGUCUCAGACAAAAACCAGUGGAUUGAACUUGGGGAUGAGUUUAACUUUCCAAGGACUUGUUCCAACGCUGCAUUUGCUUUAAAACAGUACUACCUUAGAUACUUGGAGAAGUAUGAGAAAGUCCACCACUUCGGCGAGGAUGACGAAGAAACGCAGCCGGGGAAUCCCAAAAACUCUCUUCCAAUUGGUGCAAUUCCCAACUCUUAUAACUACCAGCAACACAGUGUGUCAGACUAUCUCCGCCAAAGCUAUGGACUGUCAACGGACUUUGUUCCGCCGUGUGACUACAACAAACUGGUGCUGUCUCUCCUUUCGGGCCUACCCAAUGAAGUCGACUUUGCUGUUAACGUUUGCACUCUGCUUUCCAACGAGAGCAAGCAUGCCAUGCAGCUGGACAAGGACCCCAAACUGGUCACGUUGCUGCUGGCCCACGCUGGCGUCUUCGAUGACUCGCUAGGCAGCUUCUCCGGGGUAUUUGGGUCGGACUGGAAGGAGAAAACCUCGCGGGACUUUGUUCGGUUCUGGAAAGAGGUGGUGGAGGACGUCGAAGUCAGGGAGCUGAUCUGGGACAAGAACAGCCCAGCACAAGAUGGUACGUCGUGUGAGGAGCGCUGGCAGAGCCUCUUCCACCCGCCGCGGCACCCGGGUAUCAGUGACAUGGAAGCCCAGCGGGUGCUUCAGAUUGCCGUUAUCCUGCGAAACCUCUCCUUCGAGGAGGCCAACGUCAAGCUGCUGGCGGCCAACCGAACGUGCCUGCGCUUCCUUUUGCUCUGUGCCCACUGUAACCUCAUCUCACUCCGACAGCUUGGACUUGACACGUUGGGCAACGUGGCUGCCGAGCUCCAGCUGGAUCCUGUUGACUUUCGGACGACUCAUCUGAUCUUUCACACCAUCACCAAAUGCUUGAUGUCCAGGGACCGGUUUCUCAAAAUGAGAGCCAUGGAAAUCCUGGGCAACCUCAGCAAGGCAGAGGACAACGGGGUGCUGAUCUGUGAGUAUGUGGACCAGGACUCGUACAGGGAGGUGAUGAUGCUCCUCACCCUGCCUGACCUCAUGCUCCUCAUGGCCUCGUUGGAGGUGCUCUACCUGCUGGCCCAGCUCGGGGAGAUUACCUGCAGCAAGAUUGCCUCGGUCGACCACAGCAUAGACCUGUUGGUGCGGUUAGUGUCUGUAGACCUUCACACGUUCGGACCUGACGCGCUAACAGCGGUGCGGUUGAUCGAGCAUCAGGCGAACGCCGACCAGGCCGCAGAAGUUCGACCACAGCUGGUGGAGCAGGUUCCCGCAGCUGUGCAGGGAGCACCAGCACCCGUAACACGGGUCCCAGUCCAACCUGCCCAACCACCACCUGGGAUUGUUGAACUAGACGGGGAAAAAUUUACACUGCAGUGGCUCAACGCACACUUUGAGACACACAGCGAGGGCACUGUGUCUCGGUCAGAGAUGUACUCAGAGUACCUGUCCACGUGCAGUAAAAUGGGACGAAGCAACAUCUUAAACUCCACCGGCUUCCUCAAAUGUCUGCGGACUGUGUUUCCUAAUCACACGAUGCGGCGGCAAGACGAGGCCAAAGCUGGCAGUCAGCUUCAGAUCCUCCUGGUAGGGCUCAGGAGACGGUCGAUCCCCCUGCCCAUCCAGCUGUACUACCAGCAGCAACAACAACAUCAGCAGAACCCUGCAGCAGCUUCUACACCUCCAGCAGCCAGACAUGAUGCUCCUGGAGACCCUCAGGCCCCACCCUCAGGCUUACCUCCUGGGCAUCUCAGUCCUGGAGCCCAGUUUGUCAGGGUUCUGGGCCCCAGCCUCAACACUGCUGGUGCUGUCCCAGUCUUGCCUGCACAGGAUUCUCCACAUGCAAACCAUCCGACUGUUCCUCGUCACCCGGUGCCCCAGCAGGUCUCUCCACAGUUACCAAACCCCCUGGCAGCAGUACAGCAGCAACAGAUCCGACCUGGUUCAGCUGUCCAGAACCACAGCCCCCAGAACCCUGUGGCUCUGCCUGCCCCCCAGCAACAGCAGCAACACUCCACCAUGCUCCCCACAGGUACGCCUGUCACGCUAUUUCAGCAGGUACCACAGGGCCACAUCCUCACCGCCAGGGUACAAGGAGUGUGCCCUCCCAUCACUCAGCACCCGCCCCUGCCUCAAACCAAUCCCCAGACGGACCCUCAGUGUGCUGCUGUGGCAUCAACACCCUCUUCUUCCAUCCAGAUGGGGGGUGGUCAGGCGUUGAGUAUCGCAGGUGUUCCCAAUUCCCAGGCGUCACGGGUCACUUUUCAGAAUAUCGCACCCAAACCAGCGCCAAACCAGUCAGGUGGACCAGCAGCCACAUUAGCCCCUCCCAACCAUCAGCCUCAGCAACAGGCACAGAGUGUCGUCAUCGUCAGUCCCAACCCCCAACAGAACCCCGCCUACACCCCUGCCAUACACCAGAUCGUUCUUGCCAACCCUUCUGCCAUUCCUGGUGCCCAAACUAUCCAGAUAGCCGGGCAGCCUGGAGCAACUUCCAGCCCCUGUCCGCCCUCCACUUCUCUCUCAAACACCCAGGUCCAGUCCAGUCAAACCGUCAGCCACGCGCUAUCUAUUAAGAGGCAUCAGCAGCAACUUCAACAGCAGCAGCAGCAGCAUCAGCAGCAGGCCCCGCUCCAAAUCAUUUCUCAACCUCCACCCUCUCAGCCUACCUCCACUGAGUCCAGCUUGAUCAAACAGCUACUGCUUCCAAAGCGAGGGCCUUCAACUCCAGGAGGAAAGCUAAUCCUUCCUGCUCCACAGGUGCCCCUCCCCAACAGCACGAUAGCCCCCAGUCCACAGGUCCUCUACCAAACAAACUACACCACCCAGAAUCCUUCCCCCCAGCCCCAGCAGCUCAAUGUCCAGCUGGUUCCUGGUCAGCUCCCUGCUGCAGGAGCCCCAGCCCUCCAGACGGUCCAGCUUCUGCCAGGCCAGCUCAUUUCCACAAGUAAUCCAGCGGGGGCUACCAUCAUCCAGGGCCCCACAGCAACAGGACAAGUCACGUUCACCGUGGUCCCCAACACUGGCUUCACCACCUCUACUGCUGCUGUCACUGCUGUCAGCCAGGGCACCAUGGCUGCAGGAGUUCCAGCUCCUCCCUUCUCUACAGGAACGGUACCCUCCCACGCCCAAGGAGCUCCCCCACCACCAACAACACCUACACCGCCACCACUGCCAGCUCCCCUCAGAGGAGACAAGAUCAUCUGUCAAAAAGAGGAAGAGGCCAAGGACGCCACAGGGCUGCAUAUCCACGAGAGGAAGAUAGAAGUGAUGGAGAACUCCUCUUUAGCGGAAGGAGACUCCGCCAAUGGGAAAACCAGUAACGGCGAUGUGGCGGCAGGUGCAAAGCUGCUAAACGGUCGGAAGUGCAUGGAGUCUAAUCUACCUCCAUACCACUCAGGGAACAGCCAGGGGGCGCUCAACGGCCCGGCCACGGAGAGUCACCCUGCCAAUGGGAAGCAGGCCCUCUCCCCAGGCCCGAACACCCCACUGGAGGGAAGCCCCGACCCCAAAAAGACUCUGGUUAACGGAGUGUGUGACUUUGAUCGGGGUGAUAGUGGUGGCAACUUCAACAAAAACAUUCCAAAUCACAUCGCUUCCAAACAAUACUUGGGGAACGGGGAGGUGGGCCCCUCUGAGAAGAGUCAUGGCUCAAAUCCUCCUCUCCCCAGUCCUCCACCCCCUCAGCAGGACACUGCCAAAGCCCAGCAGGCCGAGCGCCUGGCCAACGGACCCCAGCCGAUAGGCAACAAGCCUCCUUCGGAACUAACCAACGGACCUUUAGGGCCGGGCCACGCUACGCCUGUGCUGAGACAGCAACUGCUCCCCAACUCCACUCCCCCCUCCACUGUUACUCUUACCUCCCAGAGUCCUGCCGCCUCUCCUGCAAACGGAGUGGCCUCGGAGGCUCGAGGUCUCAAAAGACCGGCUGAGAAUGAGGACCGUACCACAGCCGCAUUGUCCUCUGGGAUCCCCAAUAAAGUGGGCGUGCGGAUCAUCACCAUCAGCGACCCCAACAACGCUGGCAGCAGCGCCACCAUGGUGGCGGUGCCAGCAGGAACAGACCCAAGCACAGUAGCCAAAGUAGCAAUAGAGAACGCCACUCAGCAGAGGAACUGCUCGCCCACACAGGCAGCUGGCUCUACGCCUACCAUCACCCCGUCCCCGCCCCCUGUAUCCCAGCCUGCUCCAAUGGGUAACCACAGUCCUCACCUCCCAGCACAGCAAAGCCCUGCAGAACCGACGGAGCAGAGCAGGAAAGCAGGACAGAACUUCAAGUGUCUGUGGCAAGCGUGUAAACGGUGGUUUGAAACACCAUCUCAGGUGUUCUACCACGCAG